AUGUCGAUAUUUGAUCCCAUAGGGGUUUUGUGUCACUCCACGAUCGUGGCGAAGUUGAUACUAAGAGAAGUUUGGAGUUAUCGGGUCAGAUGGGAUGAUGAUAUUCCAGUUCAAGACAACUCAGCAUGGGAGAGGUUCCGAAAGCAAAUUCCCGACGUGACACAAUGCCACAUUCCGCGCCAUUAUUUCGACAAUAAGACUAUAAAGCAAUUGCAACUGCACAUAUUUGUUGAUGCAAGUGAGCACGCAUUCGCAGCUGUAGGCUAUUGGAGGUACAUAACAGAUUGUGGCAAGAUAGGUAUGUCGUUUGUAAGCGCUAAGACUAAAACUGCUCCAUUGAAGCCUCUAACGAUUCCGCGUCUUGAACUUCGAGCAGCUGUUCUGGGUGCAAGGUUAAAGAAAAUUAUGUUUCAGGAACAUUCGUUAGAAAUAAAUGAGCUCUUUCUAUGGAGCGAUUCAAGCACCUUCCUACAUUGGAUAAAUAGCGAGCACCGCAUAUACAAGCCCUUUGUCGCGCACAGGGUUGCGGAGAUUCUUGACGGAUCUAAGCCGAGCAAUUGGAGAUGGGUGCCCACGGCCGACAAUGCUGCUGACGAAGCUACGCGAACCAAGGGUCCGAUAGACUUCUCGUCAUCAUCGCGUUGGUUCAGUGGGCCAACAUUUCUUAAAGGCAUACGAGAGCAUUGGCCUGUUUUUGAAUCCGCCAGAAAAGUAAAGACUGUAGGUAACGAUGACGAGGAGAUCAAACCGAAAUUUGCGUUAAUGGUUGCGCGUAACACUCUAAUCGAUUUUAAUCGUUUUUCAUCGUUUACCAAGCUUAGACGUACUAACGCUUAUAUCCUUAGAUUUAUUACGAGAUGCAGAAAGCAGAAGACAAGCCAGCAAACUUAUGGACUAACAGCAGAAGAGAUUGAAAAGGCGCAAAUAACGUUAAGUCGUCUGGUUCAAAGGGAAACGUAUGCCGUCGAGUUAAAUAGCAUUGCCUUGAACUAA